AUGCAGCAGAACCACACGACCUUCCAGGCUCCGCCCACUGAGGAAACAACCAGAGAUUCUGAAGAGUCUGAAGAUUCUGAGGGGUCUAAAGAUUCUGAGGAGUCUGAAGAUUCUGAGUCUGAAGAUUUUGAAGAUUCUGAAGAUUUUGAGGAGUCUGAAGAGUCUGAAGAGUCUGAAGAUUCUGAGGAGUCUGAGGAGUCUGAAGAUUCUGAGUCUGAAGAGUCUGAAGAUUCUGAAGAUUCUGAAGAUUUUGAGGAGUCUGAAGAUUCUGAGGAGUCUGAGGAGUCUGAAGAGUCUGAAGAUUCUAAGGAGUCUGAAGAUUCUGAAGAUUCUAAGGAGUCUGAAGAUUCUAAGGAGUCUGGAGAUUCUAAGGAGUCUAAAGAUUCUGAAGAGUCUGAAGAUUCUGAGGAGUCUGAAGAUUCUGAAGAGUCUGAAGAUUUUGAGGAGUCUGAAGAUUCUGAAGAGUCUGAAGAUUCUGAGGAGUCUGAAGAGUCGGAAGAUUCUGAGGAGUCGGAAGAUUCUGAAGAGUCUGAAUUCAUGAACUCAGGAUUAAGUCAGACUUUUGCUCAUGAAGUAAAAUCUGGAGGUGAGGAUUAAAUCUCAAACCCUUCAGCAGUCUGUCUGUCUGCAGGUCAGAGGUCAUCUGCUGUGUCCUGAUAACUACAGUUAAAAAUGUUUCCUUUGAAGUGACGAUGAAAAUCUGAUUCAGAUCUGAUUUAAAAGUCUACUGAUUA